GAAAGACUACUCAAAUUCCUCAGUUCUUGUAUGAAUCUGGUUAUGGUUCCCCCGACUCGCCAACGCCUGGUAUGAUUGGUAUCACUCAGCCCCGUCGAGUCGCUGCUGUCAGUAUGUCGAAGCGAGUUGGUGAGGAACUUGGUGAUAAGUCUGAGGUGGUGGCCUACCAGAUCCGUUUCGAGGGCACAGUUGAUCCUAAGACGGCUAUCAAGUUCAUGACUGAUGGUGUUUUGCUACGAGAAGUUGCGCAGGAUAUUACACUGAAGAAGUAUUCGGCCAUUGUCAUCGACGAAGCUCAUGAGAGAAGCGUCAACACGGAUAUCCUGAUUGGUAUGCUCAGCCGAGUCAUCAAGCUCCGAGCAGAACUAGCAGCAGAGGAUCCUACAGUCAAGCCUUUGAAACUCAUCAUCAUGUCUGCUACAUUGCGGAUAGAGGAUCUCACCAUGAAUCCGACGCUUUUUGCCACUCCACCGCCAGUAUUGGAGGUUGAGGGCCGACAACAUCCUGUCACCAUUCAUUUCUCCCGAAGAACUCAGCAUGAUUACGUGGAAGAGGCCUUCCGAAAGAUUAGCAGAGGCCAUAAGAAGUUACCACCUGGUGAUAUCCUUGUGUUCUUGACUGGCCGCAACGAGAUUCUAGAGCUCAGCAAGAAGCUAAAGGCUACAUUUGGCGGUCCAAAGACUGCGGAUGGACCCAAAGUACAAAUUUCUGCUAGCGAGGCUCCUAUUGAGGUAGAAGAUAUUGAGUUUGGAGACGUGGAUGACCGUAAUGGCGAUGAUUUUGAUGAGAUACCCACAGAUGACGAAGAUGAGGACGAUGAGGAUGAGUUCCAGAUCGAAGAGGACCAGGAGGUUGCACCAUUAAAGAUGCGAGUCUUACCUCUUUACUCCUUGCUUCCAACACGCGAGCAGAUGCGAGUCUUUGAGCCAGCACCUGAGGGCACACGAAACAUCAUCUUGGCAACCAACGUUGCGGAAACCAGUUUGACUAUUCCUGGUAUUCGAUAUGUCUUUGACUGUGGCCGAUCAAAAGAGAGACAGUAUGAUCGUCUAAGUGGAGUUCAGAGCUACGAUAUUGGAUGGAUCAGUAAAGCCAGCGCAAACCAGCGAUCUGGUCGUGCUGGCCGUACCGGUCCUGGCCAUUGUUACAGACUCUACUCCUCUGCAGUAUAUGAGAGAGAUUUCCCACCUUUCACAGAUCCUGAGUUGUUGCGAAUGCCUAUUGAGGGUAUCGUGCUACAGCUCAAGGCGAUGAACCUGCAGCAUGUUGUCAACUUCCCCUUCCCUACACCACCUGAUCGACGAGCGCUUGCUAAGUCUGAGAAGCUGUUGACAUAUCUCUCUGCUAUCUCCUCGACAGGACAAGUUACGCAGAUUGGUCAAACCAUGUCUGUGUUCCCUCUGUCUCCUAGGUUUGCGCGCAUAUUGCUGGUUGGCCAUCUUCAUGACUGUAUCCACUACACAAUUGCUCUUGUUGCUGGUUUAUCAGCCGCCGAAAUUUUCAUUCCUGAGAACCAAGCGAUUCCGGCGCUCGCAGCAAAGGAUGAAACCGCUAUCCGUACAACAUCAGACGUCAUUGCAGAAGAUCGUCAAGCCAAUGUGCGAAAGAUGUUUAACGAGGUUCACAGGAAUUUCUGUUACCUAGACGAUAAAUCCGAUGCUAUCAAACUUCUGCAAGUCGUGGGUGAGUUUGCUCAUGAGCCUACAGAGGAAUGGUGUGAGAGCCAUUUUGUCAGAUACAAGGUGCUUAAGGAAAUCCAACAGCUGCGACGACAAAUCACAGAGCUGUUGAGGACAAAUGUUUCGGCUUUCACCAACCUGAAAUACCAGGAUAAGCUGGAUCCUCCAUCCCCCAAACAAGUCGCUGCUCUGAAGCAAAUGGUCGCGGCCGGCUUCGUGGAUCAGGUUGCUAUUCGAGCAGAUCUUACACCCAACCCUCCUGAGCAAUUCCGCAAGCCUCGCCGGUCCAUCGAUGUUCCAUAUAUCCCCUUGAUUCCUAUCCACGCUGGCAAGGAGGUUGAAAGCGACCGUGCAGUGUACAUCCAUCCCACCUCACCUCUUGCCCACAUCAGUAUUCAGGAAUGCCCCGAGUACAUCGUUUACUCUUAUCUCCAGCGAGCUGCGCAAUCAGUUGAUGCGGAAAAGCGUCCCAAGACAAGAAUGCAUGCCCUUACAGACGUAACUGGCGGGCAACUAGCAGGGUUGGCCAAGGGAACACCCCUUAUCACCUACGGCAAGCCGAUUAAGGAGCUCAAACCCACAACGGGCACGGAUGGAGCUGCAGUUCGAGAGUGCUUUGUGGUUCCAUAUUUGAGAGCCGAGAGCACCGGUGGUCAAGGAUGGCCUCUCCCUGCGAAGAAGGUGAAGCAGAGAAAGGUUCCUGGCAAGGGAUGGGUUGUGGAGUAGAGGUUGCAGAUACGGGAGAUGUUUUCGAUAAUUUAGUCUUAAAAGUUGACAUAGACAAGAUACCUCGUGGUUUAUACAAAAUAAGAUUUCAUGUAUAUU